CUCACCUUCAGCUUCAACUUCUCCAGCUCCGGCAACCUCUGCGGCACGCAGCUCCGGUGCGAGCGCGACGCGAGCAUGGUCACCGACGUGCUUGACCUUACUAAGGCUGACAACCAGGGCGCCGUCUACAACGGCGGCAGGGCGUCCUACUCCCGGCCCGUGCCGCUCUGGGACAACGUCACCGGCGAGCUCGCGAGCUUCACCUCCAACUUCACCUUCCAGAUAAGGCCCAUCAACGAGACCGUCUACCGCUACUGCAACAUCACCGGCGACGGGAUGGCCUUCUUCCUCGCGCAGUACCCGUCCAGCAUCCCCGUCAGAAGCUUCGGCCAGAACCUUGGCCUCUUCAACGACAGCAACCACUUCAACGCCACCGGCGACAGCCGCGUCGUCGCCGUCGAGUUCGACACGUACGAGAACGUCGACUGGGACCUGAGCCAAUACCAUGUGGGCAUCGACGUUAACUCCAUCGUAUCCACGGCGUACACCAACGUGUCCGAGAACCUCGCCUCCAACCAGUCCAUCGUCACCGCCGAGGUCAGCUACAACAACCUCACCGGCGUCCUGUCCGCCCUUGUCCGGAUUAACGACGACGAGCGGUACAACGUCAGCGCGCCGGUAGACAUGAAGGCCAGCUUGCCGGAGGAAGUCUCGGUCGGCUUCUCCGGCGGCACCGGCAGGUGCCUCGAGCUGAAUCAGGUGCACUCAUGGUCGUUUAGCUCCACUCUGAAAUCCAAAGAUCCCGCGAUGGCGCCUGAUCAGUUCGAGAGGGAAGAGCUCGAGAGAGGUGUGGCCGCCGGUGGCCCGAGACGGUACGCGUACCGCGAGCUGGCCGCCGCGACGAGCGGCUUCGCUGAAGAGGAGAAGCUCGGUCGGGGAGGGUUCGGAAGCGUCUACAGGGGCGACCUUGCAGUCGGCGGCGGUGGCGAAGGACGUCGCGCGGUGGCGAUCAAAAUGUUCUCGACGGAGUCGUCGUCGGCGCAAGGGAGGAAGGAGUUCGAGGCGGAGGUGACCAUCAUCAGCCGGCUCAAGCACCGGAACCUCGUGCAGCUCAUCGGCUGGUGCGACAGCCGCAAGGGGCUCCUGCUUGUGUAUGAGCUAGUCACAGAGGGCAGCCUUGACAAGCACCUCUACAGCAGAGACAGGUUGCUGUCCUGGUCCGAAAGGUACCAUAUCAUCCUUGGGUUGGGCUCCGCGUUGCGGUACCUGCACGGGGAGUGGGAGCAGUGCGUCGUGCACGGCGACCUGAAGCCGAGCAACAUCAUGCUGGACGCGUCACUCAGCACCAAGCUCGGCGACUUCGGUCUAGCCAGGCUUGUCGACCACGGCGCGCGGUGGACGACGACGCACGCCGUGCUCGGGACGGCCGGCUACAUCGACCCGGAGUUCGUCAACACGCGCCGCCCGAGCACCGAGUCCGACGUCUACAGCUUCGGCAUCGUCCUGCUGGAGAUCGCCUCCGGCCGGCCACCGGCGACGGACACGCCCGACGGGUUCUUCGUGCUGCUGAAAUGGGUGUGGAACCUCUACGGCCGGAGCAGCGUACUCGACGCCGUCGACCCACGGCUGAGGGACGGCGACGGCGGCGAGGAGGACGAGCAAGGCGAGCUGUGGCGGCAGAUGGAGCGUGUGCUGGUCGUUGGGCUCUGGUGCGCGCACCCUGACCGGAGCGAGCGGCCGUCCGUCGCGCAGGCCAUGCACGUUCUGCAGUCCGACGACGUGGGACAGCUGCCGGCGCUGCCGCGGCAGAUGUACAGGACUGUAUCGGCGCUCGCCGUAACUGGACAUGCGUAUGGGGCUCAGUCAUCUUCCGACACCACCGAUGGGACUCCACUGUCUUCCGAGUAGCCAAUCACCUCGUGGACUAGCAACAUUACUUUGAUAAAGUCAUUGGUACUUUGCUAAGAGCAAGAUAGGGUUAUCCUAGUCGACGGCUAAUUAGAGCAUAUACUCAAUUAAAGAACUAGCUUCUAGUUGACUAGUUCUAAACUUUUUUAGGA